AUGGCGUUCAGGUUCGCUCGGCCUACCAGAGCUUCCGUGAACGAUUCUUUCGCCGUCCAAGAUGUCACUAGCAGCUCAGCCACUGCAACGCUUGACACAAAAGACAGGGUUAUCAUUGCCCUUGACUUCGGGACAACCUAUUCAGGCGUGGCAUACUACUUUUGUAACUCGCCAGGAAUGCCCGAUGUCGUACCAGUAGUCGACUGGCUAGGACUCGAAGGGCGCACGCAGCCUAAAGUGCCCACUGCAAUCAUGUAUGACCCAGACGACAAUACAAAGUUCAAGUGGGGUGGUCAAGUCAACUGGCGUGAUGAUCAUGUUCGAGGCGUAAAACUUCUACUUGACCCUAAGCAAACCAGGCCUGCUUAUCUUCCGUCCAGCAACUUCAAGAGUGAGAUGAAGAAACUUCCGAAGGAUUUUGUUGACGUAGCAGCAGACUUCAUGGGUGCUAUGUACAGUCACGCCCUGGAGAAAAUCGCAACUAGAAUACCUCAAGGUUAUCUUGACCUUUGCCAGAAGGACUUCGUUCUCAGUGUGCCAGCUUUGUGGUCGGACAUGGCCAAAGAAAGCACCAUGCAGGCGGCGCAGAAAGCUGGCAUUUUUCCGGUGGCUGUCAUCAAGGAGCCAGAGGCAGCAGCACUCUACACCUUCAUGAGCCAAGAGCGGGCAUUGGCUAGGAAGGAGGGGGAUUGCUUUGUUGUUUGCGAUGCGGGAGGUGGCACUGUCGACUUGAUCUCGUAUGAAGUCAUCUCAACAAAGCCAUCCCUUGACCUAGCAGAAGUGGUUCCUGGCAUAGGCAGUAUGUCAGGAUCUCUGGGCCUUAAUCGGCGCUUUGCCGAAGCAGUGCAGAACUUGAUCGGAGACGAAGAGUGGUUUCGUCUCAAGAAUCACGAUGCUUGGCCACUAGCCGAACGCCAGUUCGACCAGAGCAUCAAGACCGCUUUCAACGGUGAUUUGGAGGACGAAUACAUCGUGAAUUUCCCCGGUGCGUAUCUUGAAGACGAUGAUGAAGAACGCCUUCUCAGAGAUACUUGGUACAUGUCUGGUGAGGCGGUUCAAGGGGCGAGGCUCAAACGUCCUGGCAAGCCUCUGAAGGGUAUCUUCCUUGUUGGUGGCUUUGGCGCUAGUCAAUACUUGAAAGCUCGUAUAGAGAAAGCGAACCCAGACAUUCAAGUCAUUCAGCCUGACGAUGCCUGGGCAGCUAUUGCGAAAGGCGCAGCGCUCAGCCGCUUAUCGUACACAAAUGUCGUAUCUACGAAAGCUACCCGACACUAUGGUGUAAUUGUACGCAGUACCUACGAACCCAUAACCGACAAGGGGCGACCAACGUUUGUUGAUCCAGUGGAUGGAACACUUCGGACAGACAAAAUGUGGUGGUAUAUCCUCAAGGGACAAGACGUCAAACGCGAUCAAGAUAUCCGGCGCUCCCUCCACCGGCAUAUUCCAAAAGAUCACUCUGACAAUGAUCUCGUGUUCCAGGACAAGCUUUCGAUGUCAGAGGUAGUACUGGCGCCGCAGCAUCCUACAGGCGAUGUCAGGACUAACUGCACUUUGACGAGCGAUCUACGCGCGGUGGAUAAAUCUCUGUUUACAGAGCGUGUUGGUAUUGAUGGGAGAGAAUGGCUGCAAGUAAAGUUUGAACUGGUAAUUUCGACAAGAGAGGCUGCGAUGAAGUUUUGGCUUGAAUACGAUGGUAAGGAGGUUGGUUCGGUUUUUGCAACCUAUGAAUAG